AUGACCGCGAUCCGAGCCGGGACGGGGAGCGGCCCCGAGGCGGGGUUUGGGGGCGGCCGGAGCCAGCCCCGCACCGCGUCCCGCACGCGCUGGGCCCUGGGCUGCCUCCUGCUCUGCCUCGGCGCCUGCCGGCAGCGAGCGGCCACGGGCAUCGCCGAGCCCCGCCGGCCGCGCCCGCUCCGCGCCGACCCCCACGCUCUGGAUUCCCUGUACUUCACCGGCUUUGCAGAGACCAACGGGAGCUUUGUGAUCGCUCGCCUCGCCCGACGUCCUGCGGGCCUCUGUGAGAUGUGGCUCUUCCUCAGGCUGGAUGGGAUAGGAGAGUUUGAACACCCACAGCACCCAAACAUGAUGGUGAGAGAUGAAUCCAAAGAGAUCUGGAGUGGAGGAGGACUCACUAUGGAAUACUUGGAGCCCCAAAUGUGCUGGAAGAUAAAUUUUGAGGGAUUACUCAGGAAAGGAUCCUACAGACAGCAGUGGAGUGAGGAGGAAGGAGAACUUGUACCAGUUAAAUUCUCUUUGCAGUGGGAGAACUCCACAGAUGUUUUUAACUUUAAUGUUGACAGUAACCCCAGCACAUUUGCUCUUGCUUUAGCCCAGGAGCCUUGGACCAUCGAGCUCUUCCAGAGGGUCAAAAAGCAAAGGGAGCAGCAUUUCCGACACGAGCAGUGGGGCCGGUCUGUGGGACAGAUUGAAAUAGAAAAUUCUGGGAAAAUUGAGCUUUCCCUCCAAGGCAUUCGGAGCCACUCCUAUGGUGUCCGGGACUGGGCUGAGAUUCGCCGUUAUGUGAUGAUUUUGGCACACUUUGAAGAUGGGACUGCAGCACAUUUAACAGUUAUCAGCAUGCCAGCUACCACAACUCACCUCACUGUAGGUUAUGUGUUUUUUCCUGAUGGGAGGAAGGCUGGCAUUGAGUGGUCCAACGCCUCCCUGGCCGAGCUGGCCGAGGAUGGGCUGAUCCAGGAGGAGUAUGGAGUCAGUUUUACUGCUGGUGGCAAGAGCUUUGAUGUUUCUGCAGCUCUGGAUAAGCAGGCCUGCCCCGUGGUGUACAAUGGCCUGACAGGAAGAGGAGUUUUCCACGAGUGCAUUGCAGAUUUCCAACUCAAUGGCUUAACACCAGGCUGGGGCCUGGUUGAAUUUUAUUACAGGGACGAGGCCGCCCAGCCGGUUCCAAACCUGCAGCUUGGUUCCAGAACAGAGGGACCAGACCCUGCCACUGAUGCCUCUCCCUCAUGAUCAUCUACAGGCACAUCCCAGCAAUGCUAGCAAGCAGCAGCUUUCCAAAGAAAUGUAAUUCCCUGCAAAAAACCAGCACUUUGAGUGUAGAGCUCGUCACAGGAUGCCGAGGAGGUCAAGGGUAUAAAAGGAUUUGGAGAGAAAUGAGAUCUAUUUUUUAUUAGUGCAGCUUUCAGUGGUUGCUAACCAGGGUGGUCUGGAGGCAAUUUGAAGGAAGUCUGAUUGCAGGAGGAACGCACUGGGAGGGAUCAUUCCAUGCUCUGUCCUUUGGUGUUUUUCCUCAACUUCAGCUGCUCCCCACCGUGACGACCAGGACCUCAGGCUACGUGGGUCACUGACCCAAUUUAGCAGCUCCUCUCUUCUCUCAGAUUUGUUUUUGAAAUAAAAACUGUGUAUUUCUGAA